GUGGGCGGGCGUGCGCGGUGACGGCCCGCGUCCGUGUUACUCAGCGGAGCGGCGGAGGCCGGACGACGCGGCCGGGAGUGCGGAGUCGCGAGCAGCACUGGGUAACGGCGGCGGCGACCGCCCGGACGGCGCCCGUACCCCCCAGCGGGCUUUUCUGUCGCCGUUCGCUGAGCUGUCGGCUUCUUGAAGUUUUGGAUGAAGCCAUUAAAUUAAUUGCUUGCCAUCAUGAGCAGAAGCAAGCGUGACAACAAUUUUUAUAGUGUAGAGAUUGGAGAUUCUACAUUCACAGUCCUGAAACGAUAUCAGAAUUUAAAACCUAUAGGCUCAGGAGCUCAAGGAAUAGUAUGUGCUGCUUAUGAUGCCAUUCUUGAAAGAAAUGUUGCAAUCAAGAAGCUAAGCCGGCCAUUUCAGAAUCAAACCCAUGCUAAGCGGGCCUACAGAGAGCUAGUUCUUAUGAAAUGUGUUAAUCACAAAAAUAUAAUUGGCCUUUUGAAUGUUUUCACACCACAGAAAUCCCUAGAAGAAUUUCAAGAUGUUUACAUAGUUAUGGAGCUCAUGGAUGCAAAUCUUUGCCAAGUGAUUCAGAUGGAGCUAGAUCAUGAAAGAAUGUCCUACCUUCUCUAUCAGAUGCUGUGUGGAAUCAAGCACCUUCACUCUGCUGGAAUUAUCCAUCGGGAUUUAAAGCCCAGUAAUAUAGUAGUAAAAUCAGACUGCACUUUGAAGAUUCUUGACUUUGGUUUGGCCAGGACUGCAGGAACAAGUUUUAUGAUGACGCCUUACGUAGUGACUCGCUACUAUAGAGCACCUGAGGUCAUCCUAGGCAUGGGCUACAAGGAAAAUGUUGACAUUUGGUCAGUUGGGUGCAUCAUGGGAGAAAUGAUCAAAGGUGGUGUUUUGUUCCCAGGUACAGAUCAUAUUGAUCAGUGGAAUAAAGUUAUUGAACAACUCGGAACACCAUGUCCUGAAUUCAUGAAGAAACUACAACCAACAGUAAGGACUUAUGUUGAAAACAGACCUAAAUAUGCUGGAUAUAGCUUUGAGAAACUCUUCCCUGAUGUACUUUUCCCAGCUGACUCGGAACACAACAAACUUAAAGCCAGCCAGGCAAGGGAUUUGUUAUCUAAAAUGCUGGUAAUAGAUGCAUCUAAAAGGAUCUCUGUAGACGAAGCUCUCCAACACCCAUAUAUCAAUGUCUGGUAUGAUCCUUCUGAAGCAGAAGCUCCACCACCAAAGAUACCUGAUAAGCAAUUAGAUGAAAGGGAACACACAAUAGAAGAAUGGAAAGAAUUGAUAUAUAAGGAAGUUAUGGACUUGGAGGAGAGAACCAAGAAUGGAGUUAUACGGGGGCAGCCCUCUCCUUUAGGUGCAGCAGUGAUCAAUGGCUCUCAGCAUCCAUCGUCAUCGUCGUCUGUCAAUGAUGUGUCUUCAAUGUCAACAGAUCCGACUUUGGCCUCGGAUACAGACAGCAGUUUAGAAGCAUCAGCUGGGCCUCUGGGCUGCUGUAGAUGACUACUUGGGCCUUGUAGGGGGUGGGAGGGAUGGGGAGUCGGUUAGUCAUUGAUAGAACUACUUUGAAAACAAUUCAGUGGUCUUAUUUUUGAGUGAUUUUUCAAAGUGUAGAAUUCAUUUUUUAGUAAAGUAGCUUAUUUUUUUUUUUAAUUUCAAGUGAUGUAAUUUAAAACCUAAGUUGUGUUUUAAAACAGCAACAAAACUGUAUUGUAUUUUUUGCUGUAAUUAACUGUAUAAUGUAAACCUAAUUAUUUUAUCAUGGUUUAAAUUUUUUGCAUAUUUGCUUUAUCUUAUGCUGCUGAUUUUUUUACUGAAUUUGUAAGAUUUUGUUUAUCAAAGCAAUUAUGUGGUGACUUGCCUAUAUCAUGAAUUAUUUAAGAUUUUUAUAGUUUUUUUAUUAGAAUUUAUUUCAGAUGUUUUGUUCAUGAGACUAUCCUUCAGGGUUAUAUGCUUGUCAAUGAAAUAACCCCAGAGGAGUGAGGGAAAAUAACCCAUAGCCAGUUAUAUUCAGGAAUAACUACUGUAAAUGAUGAACGUGUUAAGAGACCUCCAAAAUUUGCUACUUGCCAGUUCUAAUUUAAUUACAGCAAUUGGUAGGCAUCCUACUUAACUUUGGCAAGGCCCCAUCAUCUAAAUGGCAGAAUAACUCAGAGCAUGUCUUUGAAGAUGCUGGGCAUCUACCACCACCUUCCUAUCCCCACCCCACCCCCCACAAAAGUCAAGUAAAAAGAAUAUGGUGUAUUCUGCAAAUUUGUGGCAUGCUCAAAGUUUAUGAUCACAUAAAGUCAAGAGGAUACUUCAUGAAUAAUACAUUUCAAUGCAAAUAAACAGAUGGUUCACUUCUACUAGCUAUGAGCCUGUUUUUGUAUAACAUACACUGAGUUAAUGUACUCAGGCUGUAGGCCCCAGCAAUGUUCUUAGAAUCUGGUCUUUCCAUUUCCUGCAGCCUCAGGCCCUUGGACCUUUCUGCUUUACUAUUACUUGGAGUGCCAGUCAGUUGAGCACCAGUUUUUCUGGUGUUUCUAGCCUUUUGAUUCUACCUGUAGCAUAAUCAUAUCUAUUCUAGCUGUUGGGAGGUUCCUAAGCCUACUUAGAUUUGUGUAGGUGAUGUAUCAAAUGAGCAAUAUAUACCGUUCAUCUGAUAAUAGUAGCACACAGCCAUAUAUAGGAUAUCAUUUUCUAAGGACUGUUUCUUCACAUUGAGCAGAGCAGGCAUAAAUGGUGGUUAUUUAGUCUAGAGUCUUUGGUUUUUUUAUACCUAAUUUUUAAUAUAACACAAUGUGGAUGUUGAGUAGUGUUAAGAAUGGUGCUGCUCCUGACAAGUGUAUAUUAACUGUUUACAUUUUAUAUCUGCAGAAUUAUUUCUCUAUAACUGAAUUUUCCCAAGUAAAAUGUCAUUGGAGUCUCA